AUUACGCGGUGCCGGAGGGAGAGAGGGGGUGAGGGACUUCUAUGAGGGUGAGGCUUGGGCCUGUGUCGCGCGCGCGCUCUCUAGGCGGGCCGUUGGGCUUGUGACCGUUGGUCCGGGCCUCCCCCUCCCCUCCCCCUCUCUGCCCCCCUCAGUACCGUUGGCUUGUCUUUCUUUUUUCCUUUCCCCCUUUCCUUUUUUCUUCUUCCUCCUUUCCCUCCCUUUGGGCCGGUCCAGCCUGGACCACGCCGCCCUGGCCACGCCGCCCGGCGCUGCUCCCUUCUCCCACAACUGAGCGGGCGGCUGGCCAGAAUGGAGGACAAGAGCUUCACCAAGGAGCUGGACCAAUGGAUCGAGCAGCUCAACGAGUGCAAGCAGCUGAGCGAGAGCCAAGUGCGGAGCCUCUGCGAGAAGGCUAAAGAGAUACUUACAAAAGAAUCAAAUGUUCAGGAAGUACGUUGUCCUGUUACAGUUUGUGGAGAUGUCCAUGGUCAAUUUCAUGACCUUAUGGAGCUCUUUAGAAUUGGCGGGAAAUCACCAGACACAAACUAUCUCUUCAUGGGAGAUUAUGUUGACAGAGGCUACUACUCAGUGGAAACUGUGACUCUUCUUGUGGCAUUAAAGGUGCGCUACCCAGAACGCAUUACAAUUCUGAGAGGCAAUCAUGAAAGCAGGCAAAUUACACAAGUAUAUGGCUUCUAUGAUGAAUGUCUACGGAAAUACGGAAAUGCCAAUGUUUGGAAGUAUUUCACAGAUCUGUUUGACUAUCUUCCACUUACAGCUCUAGUUGAUGGGCAGAUAUUUUGUCUUCAUGGAGGUCUUUCCCCAUCUAUAGAUACACUGGAUCAUAUUAGAGCUCUUGAUCGUCUGCAGGAAGUUCCACAUGAGGGCCCAAUGUGUGAUCUGUUAUGGUCAGAUCCAGAUGAUCGUGGUGGCUGGGGGAUUUCUCCACGUGGCGCUGGCUAUACAUUUGGUCAAGAUAUCUCUGAAACAUUUAACCAUGCCAAUGGGCUUACAUUGGUGUCUCGUGCUCACCAACUCGUAAUGGAGGGUUACAACUGGUGUCAUGAUCGGAAUGUGGUCACCAUUUUCAGUGCACCCAAUUACUGUUAUCGUUGUGGGAACCAGGCUGCUAUCAUGGAACUAGAUGACACUUUAAAAUAUUCCUUCCUUCAAUUUGAUCCAGCGCCUCGCCGUGGAGAGCCUCAUGUUACUCGGCGUACCCCAGACUACUUCCUAUAAACAUCUCUUCCUCAGCCUGACCUUGAUCAGUAGUAGUACACCUGGCAAUUUUUGAAAAGCAACAAUUUGUGAUAAGUUGAGGUCUGUCUCAGCGUAAAGCCUCUUCAUGGACCAAACUGUGCCAUAAUGAGGAUGACGAGCUUUUGAGCACAACUUCAGAUGGACUUCAACGCACUAAUCAGUCCUUUAUCAGCCAGUCCAACAGCCAGUUUGCCUGCUGUAACUAUAGUAAUUGUUUUCUUCUGGACUAUUCAAAGAGGAAAGGUAACUAACAAACUCAUCUCCCUGUCAUGCUUACUUGUAAAUUUUAGUUGUAGUGUUUAACUGGCAUGUAUUAACAUUUUGAAGUUUAAGAAAAAUGCACAAACUAACUUCCUUCUUACGCCUAUCGCCCUCUAUUUUAUUGACAUAAGUAACUUAACUGCAGAAGAAAGUUCCUCUUGGGAGUAUGUUGUCAUAAGCUUUCCCUCCAUUUAAGCUAGAUUACUGUUCUGUGUUGAUCCUACCUUUUUUCUGUAUAUUUGUCAAAGUGCUUGCAUCUUAUUUGAUGUAUUUGAGCAAAUAAACUUGCAGAUCAUUACUCCAA